CCGCUGCCUCGCCGGGCCUCAGGGCCCCGUCAGCCCGGCUCUCCGCUCGCCACCGGCGCCCUUCCACUACCGCCUCCGCCUGCGCCCCCUGCGCACCGUUGAGCCCGCCUGCCCGGGCGCCGGCCCCUUCCCAUGCGGGCGGCGCGGGCCCUGGGAGGGGCGCCCGGAGCCAGCCGCGCAGCAUGCACUGGGGGGUUGGCUUUGCCUCGUCCAGGCCGUGCGUGGUGGACCUGAGCUGGAACCAGAGCAUCUCCUUCUUCGGCUGGUGGGCCGGGUCCGAGGAGCCCUUCUCCUUUUAUGGGGACAUCAUCGCUUUCCCUUUGCAGGAUUACGGUGGGAUCAUGGCAGGGCUGGGCUCGGAUCCCUGGUGGAAGAAAACCCUUUAUUUGACCGGGGGAGCUUUGCUGGCCGCGGCUGCGUAUCUGCUCCACGAACUCCUGGUCAUUAGGAAGCAGCAAGAGCUCGACUCCAAAGACGCCAUUAUUUUGCAUCAGUUUGCAAGACCUAACAAUGGUGUCCCCAGCUUGUCUCCUUUCUGUUUGAAAAUGGAAACUUACUUAAGAAUGGCCGACCUUCCCUAUCAGAACUAUUUUGGUGGAAAACUCUCUGCUCAAGGGAAAAUGCCUUGGAUUGAAUAUAAUAAUGAAAAAGUGUCUGGCACAGAAUUCAUAAUCGACUUUCUGGAAGAGAAACUUGGAGUGAACUUAAACAAAAACCUUGGCCCCCAUGAAAGAGCUGUCUCAAGAGCUGUGACCAAGAUGGUGGAAGAGCACUUUUACUGGACAUUAGCUUAUUGCCAGUGGGUGGACAAUCUCAAUGAGACCCGGAAGAUGCUGUCACUUAGUGGUGGUGGUCCCUUCAGUAACCUGCUCAGGUGGGUCGUGUGCCACAUAACAAAAGGAAUUGUGAAGCGGGAGAUGCACGGCCACGGCAUUGGCCGCUUCUCGGAGGAAGAGAUUUACAUGCUGAUGGAGAAGGACAUGCGGUCUUUAGCAGGGCUUUUGGGUGACAAGAAGUACAUCAUGGGGCCCAAGCUUUCCACUCUUGAUGCCACUGUCUUUGGACACUUGGCACAGGCGAUGUGGACCUUGCCAGGGACAAGACCGGAGCGGCUAAUCAAAGGUGAGCUGAUCAACCUUGCCAUGUACUGCGAGAGGAUCAGGAGGAAAUUCUGGCCCGAAUGGCACCAUGACGAUGACAACACCAUCUAUGAGUCUGAGGAGAGCAGCGAGGGCAGCAAGACUCACACACCUAUGCUGGAUUUUAGCUUUUACUCAAGGACAGAGACCUUUGAAGAUGAGGGGGCUGAGAACAGUUUUUCCAGGACCCCAGACACGGAUUUCACCGGACAUUCUCUCUUUGACUCUGACGUGGACAUGGAUGACUACACAGAACACGAACAGUGCAAAUGAUGCCCCAUCAUGGACCAUCUUCCUCAGGAGUCAGCAUUCCCUGGGGUCGGUCUGGUUUCCCAGAUAGAAAUCCAUCUGAGCUGGGAGGAGAUCUUCAAGCCUGGCCCAGUUUCAACAUACCAACUGGACUAUAAACCGCCUUAUUUCCUUCUUUCUUUCUUUCUUUCUUUCUUUCUUUCUUUCUUUUUUUUUUUUUUGUACAAACAGAAAUACAGAACCAUUCAGAUGGCUCCGUCUAAAACAGACAAAACAAAUAUCAGCAUGGUA